AUGCCUUUUAUCACACAUCCACUGUCGCCCGACAGCCUUCCGGUAGUUCCGCUUUGGAUCAAUGGCAAAGCACAUCCUUCUUCUGAAGAUGAAAUCCUGUUUCCUGUCAUCUCCUCCGUUCAAGACAAGCCUAUCCACUACGCCGUCUCUGCUUCGCCAAAGGUCGCUGUCCUGGCUGUCGAAGCUGCCGCUACAGCUCUCGUUGAAUGGCGAAAGACAACACCUGCGCACCGCCGAUCACUUAUUCUGAAAGCUGCCGAUGUACUGGAGAAGAAAAGUAAGGAAGUGAUGCAAGCACAGGUGGCGGAAACCAGCUGCCCGGAGAUGUUUGCAAAGUUCAACAUGGGAUCCGUAGCAUGGAUGCGAGAGAUAGCCUCUGCCACGACCGAGAUAAGGGGCGUGGUGACGCAAAACGCGACUGGAGAGGGCGGCGCGGACGUGGGCGGCCUGACAGUCACGGUUAGAGAACCAGUCGGGGUAGUGAUGAUCAUUCCACCGUGGAACGGUGCCGUGAUACUUCCGGUCCGAGCACUGAGCAUGGCGCUCGCAGCUGGCUGCACUGUUGUAGUGAAGGCCUCGGAGUUGUCGCCACGGACACACCACUUGUUGCUUGAGGCGUUUGAAGAAGCGGGCAUUCCAUCCGGCGUCAUCAACAUGAUUCAAGCGAGGCGAGAGGAUGCUGCCGCCGUCACUGAAGCCAUCGUCGCACACAAGUCACUUCGAAAAGUGGACUUUAUCGGCAGUGCUGCCGUGGGUAGCAAGAUUGGUCAGCUUUGCGCAAAAUAUCUCAAGCCUGUCUUGAUGGAGCUUGGUGGCAAGGGGCCAGCUGUUGUUCUCGAGGACGCCGAUCUUCAACAGGCGGCCAAGAUGUGUGCCAUGGGUGCGGUGGCGGAUCAUGGCCAGCUAUGUUUCUCGACGGAGCGCAUUAUCGUUCAUCGCGCCGUCUAUGAUGAGUUCGUGAAGUACCUUACCGCGAUCUUCUCUCACAUUCCCACUGCCGGUGACGCUGUCACCAAGGAAUCCGCAAAGCAUGCCUACGAUGUCCUCAGUGACGCACAAGACAAGGGCGCCACCUUCCUAGUGGGCGGGCUCGAGUAUCUCAGCGAGACGAGCCUCAAGCCUACCCUCGUCACCAACGUAUCCCGCGAUGCUCGUAUCUUCGACGAAGAAACGUUCGGUCCUACAGCAACGGUCUACAUGGCAGAAGAUGACGACGAUGCAGUCGAAAAGGCAAAUGACUCGGCCUACGGCCUCAAUGCGGCGGUGCAUAGCAAGAGUUGGGAGCGUGGUUAUGAGAUUGCGAAGCGAUUGGAGUACGGCCAGGUGCACAUCAACAACGUGACCUGCUCGGACGCGCCGGGAGCUCCUAUCAAAGGUGUGAAGGGCUCUGGGUGGGGAAGUUCUAAUAGCAUCUGGGGGAUCAAUGAGUUCAGCAUUGAGAAGUCUGUCUUUCUUCACCCUAGUGGCGGGGCGAGCAUGAUCGGAUAGGCAUUCGCAACGUGAUUUGGGUACGAACGCAUUGGGCAUCUAC